AACCAGGAUGACGAGUGACCGUGCGCAGAGCCUCAGAAACAUCGUCGGAAAAACAAACCUUGGUCUCAAAUUCUGAAAUUCCUCUCUGAUAUGUCCAUCUCCAUGUUGAAAGUGUAAGAGAGAUUUGAAGUUUGCUUGCGUGCAGCUCUAGGAGGGAUCUGGGCUCCAUAGUGACACAGCUGUUACAGUUUUAAGGGAAUCCCUGUGUUCAGUGCCCAGCACUGACUUUCUUGAAAGGCACAUUAAAGGAAUGUUAAAAUGGCCAACAAGGGGAAACGUUUUCAGCUUCUGUCAAAAGUAUUUGUUCUGCUAAACUUUAUGACACUGCAGGUCCAUACCAUAGAAACAGUGAACCUCGUGGACUUCUGUGGGCAGACCAUCCGGAGGGAUGGGAUGAUCGUCAACUCUCACCGUGAGUCGCGCAAGUACUACUUUGUCACCAUGGGAACGGACUGCCACCUCACCAUGCAGGCCACCUCACCCAAGGACAAAGUGCAGUUCUACUUCCGCUUCUUCCUGGUGUACAGCUUGCUGCGGGUCAACCAGCCCACCACCCAACCACAGCCCAGCCCCAGCAUGGCCCCUCUCUCCGCAAACCCCAGCAAGAGGCCUCCCACCUUGCCCACCCCAGCGGAGGAGGCCGCAGACCCAUGUUACCUUGGUUCUUAUGUGCAAUUCUACGACGGGAAAGACAGGAACGCGCAGCCUAUCGGCGCUCCUCUGUGUGGUAAAAGCCUCCCCAGGCCCAUUUUGUCCACUGGGAACUAUCUGACACUCAGGCUUGUGACACGGGGACAGCAACCAAGGGUGGACUUUGUGGGCGAUUUUACGUCAUUUAGGCUAGGGUUUAACCAGUCCGAGUGCAGUGGCGAGCCUUAUUUCCCGUGCCACAAUGGGAAAUGCAUACCAAUGAGUCUGGUUUGUGAUGGUAAAGAUCUAGAUAACUGUGGAGAUGGCAGUGACCAGUCAUCUCUCCCGCCAGCUAAAUGCAAAGGUACCUUCUCCGCAGCCCCUGAGAAACUUGAUGCAAUGACCAGAACCCCGCCCUCCUCUGCCUCCCACUUCUCUUCCCCCACCAGCCAGACCUGCAGCACCCCAUCUCACGGCAACAUGCCCCAGCCCGAUACCAUCACAGAUAAUAAGAGGCAUGUGUCUCUGCUGGCCCUCUACAUCGCUCUGGGGGUGAUCGGGGGCGGGUUGCUGCUCUUCUGGUGCUGCUGGUCUCCUGGCUGGUUUGUGUGGAGAGUGAGCGCGUGCAGACUCAUGCCAUGCUGUAACUCCUUCUGCGCCUCCUGUCAGCUCUGCACACGAAGCUGCUCACGCAAGGACCACCGCCUGGCCAAAGUAACACCACAGAGCACUGCCACCAUCGCCAUGUAACACCAGCAGGCCCUCUGCAGGGAAUAAGAACCAACACAAUGCCUGUACCUCCAGGAGUGUAGUGCAGCAAACACACACUACUGUUUUUAUGAAGCAAUACUAAUAAACUGGAAGCUUUGUCCUUCAAAUUGUUAAAGAAAUAAACAAUUACAACUCAAAACUAUCAGAAUUGUAUUGUACUAUACUAUUAGAAAUGUAUUCCAAAGAGCUGAGAAGGCUCCUGAAAUGUAAACAGUAACCAGUCUUGAAUAUUUCCACUUACACCUGAAGAUGAGUCUGAGGACUUGAAAUAGUGUUUGUACACCACAGUUAAUCUUAUAAAAAAACAGUAUCAACUAAUCACUAUUAAUUUAAUAUUAUAUUUGCUAUACAGGUCCCAAAAAUGUGCAGUUUAGAAAGCAAACACGCAUUUUAAUUUUUAAACAUAUAUGUGAUAUCUGUUUGACUAAGCAAACUUUCUUUAACCUAGUGCAGUACCCAAUACAUUUAAAAAAAGCAUGUCUGCUGUUCCAUGUAUUUCAACCUCACAUUUGAGACCUAUAUAUUGAAUAUUUUAUUUAAAUAUGAGGAUUUAACUUGAUUGAAUAUCACACAUACAAUAGGGAAUUAACUUGGUGCAUUUAUUAACUGUGACCCUAACACUGGAUAACAGUCAUAUCUGGACAAGCAGAACAACAUGUGAACUUUUCACACCAAUCGUAAUGCUUUUCCUUUGGUGCAUUUCAUACAAUACUUUCCCAGUGACAUACACACCAAAGGUAUCACUGACGAGAUGCAACAUUCACUAUAACACAAGUGGUAUUUUGUUUUUCUGUAAGCACUUACUAUAGGCUGCGGAGUAUCUUUCAGCCAAGCAGAACACUAGUUCUUCCUGCGGACACAUCACCAACAAACCCCAUUCAUGACAUCAACCGUGCUAUACUGACUUUCCACUGUGCGUUAGUUGCAAUACAGGCACAGCUAAAGUCACCUGCUUAAAAACUAAAACAAAACCUUUUGGCACCUUGUUAACUGUAAAGGCCAUUUAAAUCAUAACCUUUCUUUAUGGUUAGAACACUUCUAGUCGGAUUUUGUAAUGCCCGUAUUAACAGUUGUGUGCAAUAGAGCUUGUGGACAGCGACCAUCUGUGUGGGUUAUAUCAACUCGCAGCACACAAGCCCAUCUACAUGACAUCAACAUAAGACGUUUGUCUUUGAAGCAUAUGGAUCAUAGUCCAGCCCUUGCUUUUCUAUUCAAUUCAAUGGUGGAAAUGCCUGUUCAUUACACUGGUACCCUAUGGGAAAGCAUACUGAUGCCUGUGGUCUAAGCAGGUAAUUCAAUAUCCGUGUUCUUUGCAUUAUUUUAAGCGACAGCAUGUGUGCUGGCUUGUGCGGCGCAAUUCUCUGGAUCUUGGGGGACGGCGAGCAUGACGUUGAAAUUCCCAGAGCCUCGGUGAACAGUAGUGUCCUGAAAAAUUAAAGUUUCAGAUUAUGGAAAUCCAGUUAUUUGCUGUUGAUUUGAUUUUUUUCACUGGACCCUUGUACAGCCCCAGUAUGACCUGGGUUAACAGUAUUGUACUGAAAGAUAAAACCAGUUUGACGGAAUAAGGAGGGGGGGAAUAUUUGUAAAUGCACUCAUUCAUACCAGCUAUAUCCUACAGCUUAGAAACACUUCAUUUAACUGGGAAUAUACUUAAAAACAAACAUUUCAAACGGCUUUCAACUCUUCAACUUGUUUGUAGUGUAUACCGGUAAUGCAUUAAUGACCUGUUGGAAUGUCUUCUUUAGUAAAGGAGAGGCCCUCUUCAAACAGCUGUUCAGCAUGCUGUUUAACACGAGCUGUGAUAAAUAUUAAAAGAUGCUAUUGUUUAAAGGGGGCACUUGUGUUACAAAAACUGAUGCAAGUUAGGGAAAAAUGACCUUCAAGUAAGAAAAAUUGGACAAGUGGACUUACAUACAUUUCUAAGAUCAUUGGAAUGUAUUCUAAUGUUGUAUUUUACUGUACACGUCAAUAUUGGUUCGAGGUAAGAAACUAAAUAUUGUGUAAUAUUAAACUACCAGAUUGAUCACUGCAUUAUUAUUGUGCUGUUUGAAUUGAUUGUGCUACUAUAAAAUAUUUUCUUUUUAUUAAAAAAAAAGUGCUUUACAAAACUAGUUCUAUUUUGUGGGAGGGAAAAGAGGGGUGAAAUUGAGAAAUAAUCCCAAAUCAUCCAGAACUUUAAAAAUACUAAAAGAAACUUAAAUCCAACGAAAGGCGUUUUUCAAUGUCUUUAACUGUAAUUUGUUUUAUAUGUCUAUUGCCAUCACUUUGGAAUAUGUUUUAGUUUUCCCAUAGGGAUAGAACUACAACAUAAAAGACUGAAUGAAUGUAGUGUGCUGUGUGGUCUUUAAAAUUACAACAUACUUUUAAAAAGUAUAGUACAGUUGUAAAUGUCAUCAUGUACCAGUAACUGAGUCAUUCUUGCAUGAGAAACAUGUCAUUAUUUUCAGGUAAAUAAAGUUUCUUAGCCACUUUGAACAGUAAUACAUUUGGAACAGACUUCUGCACAGAAAAAUGUCACUGGACCAAAGAGAACUCUGUGAAUAGCAGCCCUUAACCCUAAAAUGCUUUGCUCAGCUGUUUAUGUUCAUGUGACCUCAUAGAUUUUAGCAUAUCAGAUGAGCAGUUUUAAGAGGGGCGUUUAUGAGUCUUGCACAUGAUAUACGGUGGUGCGAAAUGCACAGGAUGCGCGUUCUAUUCACAACAUUACGGUAUAAAAAGUUAUGGUUGGGGUCCCCGGGUGGUUCAUCCAGUUGAAGCGCUGCCGCUGGGAGCGCAGGAUGAGUCACACAGCUUGGAUGGUGCUGGUUCACGUCCGGGCUGUGCAAAGAGGCCGAAUUUUGCAGGGGACUCUGAAUGGGUCGUCACAUUGGCUCCAACGCUCCCUGGGUGGGGGAUGGGAAACCAGCAGGGACUCUUUCUCCUUAUCGUGCAACAGCGAACCC